CUUGCGUCGAGCUGAGCGGGCGGUCUCGUGGAGCUUGGCUUUCCUGCUCAUGGGCGGGGUGGCCGACGGUUCGGUGUCGACGAUGUAGUCGGACAUUGUGUGUGUUGCCUGUUGGUUCGCUUGGUCAGCCUAGGGUGAGCUUGCACGGAUAUGUCACAGGUCCAACUCCCGUCAUCUAUAUAUCUAUAUAUCUCUCAUCUCUCACACGAUCUCACACGACCUGCUCCGAUCUCGAGCGAGAUAACGAACGCUCAGGCUGAUUAGCGGCGCGUGAGAUAACGGAAUCAAACUUUACAUCCGGGGGCUGAGUGGGGGAUAAUCCGACGUCGACGUAUCAGAUUGGUUGAUCCGGUUUCAUCGGAUCGGAUCUCGACGGCGAGGACGGGGUCGGGAGUUUGGAUGAUCGACGUUGCCGGUAUCAGGUACAGAGAAACCUCGACAUCGAGAUGGCAUCCUGGGGUGGGAUUUCGAGAAUUCGACGUGCUGGAGUGGACGACGUGGCCCCGGCAGUUGAUACAGGCGAUGAUGUGCGGCGAGCCAGGAGUUUUGCCGCAGGUAUCGAGCAGAAGGUGUCAUGCAUGCGAACGCAAAAAGCGGCGGUAGUGGUCCAAUUGUUUCGAGAUGUGUAUCGCUUGUUCAUGGCAAGAAUGCGUACCGAGGCCCAGCUGGUGGAAGAGAGGCGCCGCAGGCGCCACGCACGCGGAGCGUGCGGAUUUUUUGGCUGGGUCAUUGCUGGCUCGACAUGUGUUUACCGUGAAUGUUUCAAACAUCAACGUCCCGCUGGUCUAGGGAGUGCCAAGCGUGCUGAGCAGUGCGGAUUUUUUGGCUGGGUCAUUGCUGGCUCGACAUGUGUUUACCGUGAAUGUUUCAAACAUCAAGGUCCCGCUGGUCUAGGGAGUGCCAAGCGUGCUGAGCAGUGCGGAUUUUUUGGCUGGGUCAUUGCUGGCUCGACAUGUGUUUACCGUGAAUGUUUCAAACAUCAACGUCCCGCUGGUCUAGGGAGUGCCAAGCGUGCUGAGCAGUGCGGAUUUUUUGGCUGGGUCAUUGCUGGCUCGACAUGUGUUUACCGUGAAUGUUUCAAACAUCAAGGUCCCGCUGGUCUAGGGAGUGCCAAGCGUGCUGAGCAGUGCGGAUUUUUUGGCUGGGUCAUUGCUGGCUCGACAUGUGUUUACCGUGAAUGUUUCAAACAUCAAGGUCCCGCUGGUCUAGGGAGUGCCAAGCGUGCUGAGCAGUGCGGAUUUUUUGGCUGGGUCAUUGCUGGCUCGACAUGUGUUUACCGUGAAUGUUUCAAACAUCAAGGUCCCGCUGGUCUAGGGAGUGCCAAGCGUGCUGAGCAGUGCGGAUUUUUUGGCUGGGUCAUUGCUGGCUCGACAUGUGUUUACCGUGAAUGUUUCAAACAUCAAGGUCCCGCUGGUCUAGGGGUUAUGAUCCUCCCUUAG